AUGGCGCCCGCUGCUGUUGAAUCUGCCACUGGGGCAUCCGUAACCUCCCUCCCCAUCAUCAAGGGCGGUAGCUCUGCUGCGAAGCUUUCUGGGGUGCUCGACCAGUACGAGGCUUUUGACGUGACGCCGACCAUCGGCCGCGAAUUUCCCAAGGCCAACCUGGCCGAGUGGCUGAACGCCCCCAACUCAGAUGAGCUCAUCAGGGAGCUUGCCAUCACGAUUUCGCAACGCGGUGUCGUUUUCUUCCGUGCUCAGGAUGACUUGACCAACGAACUCCAGAAGAAGCUCAUCAUCAGACUUGGUGAAUUGAGUGGACGCCCCCAGUCUUCCGGGCUCCAUGUUCACCCCGUCCUAAACUCGGAGCGUGAAGAUGGUGGUGACGACCUGGAGAUCAGCACCAUCAGCUCCAAGCAGUACAAGAGGCUUUACCAUAACACGAGUGACGAUGGAGUAGUCAAGAGGAGACCGGAUACCGAGCUGUGGCACUCGGACAUUGCCUUCGAGCCUGUACCCGCCGAUUACACGUCUCUGAGGGUCGUCGAGUUCCCCCCCACGGGAGGCGGUGAGUUCAACCUGCCCACAUACAGCCUGCCAAAGGACUCUGUAUAUCCCAAGCAAGGCGCGAUCGUAGAGCUAACCAUGGGUUGCGCAGACACUCUUUGGGCUUCUGGUUAUGAGCUGUAUGACCGUCUGAGCCCAGCCUACCAGAAGUUCCUCGAGUCCCUGACGGCCACGUUUGCCCAGCCAUUCUUUGAGAAGAUGGCCAAGGACAAGGGCUUCCAGCUCCAUUCGAAGCCCCGCGGCUCACCCGAAAAUGUGGGAGAGAAGCUCAAGGCUAUCCAUCCCGUGAUCCGUACCAACCCUGUCACCGGUUGGAAGAGCAUCUUCCCCGUUGGAGCCCACGUCUCGCACAUCAACAAUGUGACAUCCGAGGAGAGCCAGAACCUGCUCAAGUGGUUCUACAGCCUCGUCCAGGACCACUCUGUCCAGGUUCGGCUGAGGUGGCAGAAUGCUAACGACAUUGCCAUCUGGGACAACCGCAGCACAUUCCACACUGCUACAUAUGACUACUACUCGCUCGGUGACAGAUUUGGCGUACGUGUCGUCGGUGUCGGCGAACGUCCGUUCUUCGACCCGCAGAGCAAGUCCCGCACAGAGGACCUCGUGGAGCAGGAGAGGAAGUCUCAGUCGUAG